AUGAAGUUCUCCCCUUCGGCCCUCCUGGCCCUGGCGCCAGCCCUCGCCAACGCCGCCGUGAUCUGGGACGGCCGAUUCAACGAUAUGACGUCGUCGGCCGACCUGGACAAGUGGUCGUGGUCCAGCCAAGUGGGCGCGUACCAGUGGUAUAUCAAGGGCAGCAGCGCCACCUCGUCGUACAUUAGCCUAUCCGCGGACAACAAGAACCCGGCGGACACGGCGUCCAAGCAGGGCGCCAAGUUCACGCUCGACGGCACGGCGUUUUGGAACGGGCAGACGAUGCGCCGCACGGAGCUGAUCCCGCAGACCACGGCGGGCAUCAACAAGGGCAAGGUGUUUUACCACUUCUCCAUGAUGCGCAAGGCGCAGAACGCGCCCAGCGUCAACAAGGAGCACCAGAUUUGCUUCUUCGAGAGCCAUUUUACCGAGAUGAAGUACGGCUGGAUCUCGGGCGAGCAGGGCACCGAGAACCCCAACUUGCAGUUUAUGGUGUCGCAGAACAGCAAGUGGAAGACGGAGUGGGCUCCUGAUGUGUGGCACAACAUUGCCUAUGAAAUCGACUUUGGUGCCAACACCGUUGGUUUCUGGCACUCGGAGGGCGCCGACCCUCUCGAGCAAAAGGUCGCCCCUGUUUCGGCUUCUACCUCCUCCAACGGCGCUGACUGGCAUCUCGGUGUCCUUGAGCUGCCUCGCGACGGCUACCCUCACGAGAACGAGGACUUUUACUUCUCCGGUGUUUACAUCGAGGAUGGUACGAUUACCACCGACGUCGCCGGUCCCGCGUAA